AAAGCUGGAGAUGAGGUGGCCGCUCAGGAAGCAGAGCAAGUGUCUGCGCCAUCACUAUCAGCCGAUGAGGAAGCAGAAAUACGUGCGCUGUUUUCUAGUUCUGAAUCUGAGCAUAGUAAACAGGUCGUCGGGGUGACUGAUGAUGUGGUCAUCAGAGAGGGCGUGCUCAAAGGUACCGAAACGUCUCCUCUGGCUAUAUUGCCAGUUGAUACUGUAGAAGCAUGGCUGGAAAUGCUGUCUUCGAAGGCUAAAUGUAUGCAGCAGACGCUGAAACCGUUGCUCGAUGUUUGUGCUUUGAUAGUGGUGCAGCUUAAUGAUGCCGGAACAGCGAUCAAGGAGCAGGUCGGUGUUGCUAAAGCUUUGAUUAAGACUGUCGGGGCAGCACUUGUGGCUGAUCUAGAAACUGCCGAGAAGAUGUAUGUAGCACUAGCUGAUCAGGCUGAAGCCUUAGAGAAGCUGAUAGUACCGUUGCCUAAUGAUACGGAAGCAGUGCGUCGAGAACGGUUGAAGUUUGCUGAUGCUGAAACUGCACAGCGGAUGAUCGAGGCUCUGUAUGAUAAUUUUGAUGAUGCCAAAGAAACAGAGUUCAUGCUGCGUCACGCUAUUGAUGCUGUCGAUGCGACGCUGGAGGAAAUUGCGAACAGUUGGGUGAAUUUCCCAAAACUGUUGCUUGGUGAUGUUACGCCUGAAAAUGACUGA